AUGGUCAAUAACAUUGGAGAUUAUGAACCUAGGAGCUGGCUGGUCAAUUUCAUUUUGCUACAGAUGUCUUGGGAUCUCAUUUUCUGUCAACUGCAUUAUGUUAUCCCAGAGGAAUCCAAACACGGCACUUUUGUUGGAAGAAUUGCUCAGGAUCUGGGACUGGACAUGGGUGAGAUCAAUUCCAGAAUGUUACGUGUUGUAUCUAGGGAUGAUAAGGAAUAUUUCCAGGUUAAUCUGCAGAAUGGAAUCUUGUUUGUUAAUAACAUAAUAGACAGGGAAAACGUAUGCCCAGAUACACCUUUCUGUAUUAUUCCUCUGCAAAUCAUUGUAGAUAAACCUGUGCAGAUUUAUCACGUAGAGGUGGAAAUAGAAGACAUAAAUGACAACAGUCCAGUUUUCUCUACUGGAGAAUACAACCUACUAAUAUUGGAGCUAAAACCUGCAGGCUCGCGUUUCCCACUAGAGGGAGCCAUUGAUGCUGAUGUUGGGAUAAAUACAAUCACAAACUAUGAACUAAGUGAAAGUGAUUAUUUUACACUAGAUUUCCAGAAAUAUUUGAACCAAAUUCGGACACUAGAACUGGUGCUGAAGAAACCACUUGACAGAGAAAAACUGUCUAUUCACAAUCUUACCCUUAUAUCCUAUGAUGGAGGCAAGCCAAGGUUAAGUGGCACCACACAUAUUAUAGUCACUGUAGAAGAUGUCAAUGACAACUCCCCACAGUUUGACCAGCCAUUUUACCAGUGCAGCAUAGCAGAAAAUGCUGUUUUAGGGACUUUAGUAAUAAAGCUGAAGGCUACAGACCUUGACCAAGGUAAAAAUGGUGAAAUCACUUAUACCUUUAGCAAACUGUUAUCACCGCGAAUAAAAAACCUUUUUAAAAUGGAUCCUAAAACAGGAGAUAUUAAACUAGUAGGGAGUUUAGACUAUGAAACUGUUAAAAGAUAUGAAAUUUCAAUUGAUGCCUUUGAUCAUGGAGAUAAUCCAAUGGUUGGACAUUGCAAAGUUUUAGUGACUGUGGUGGAUGUUAAUGACAAUCCUCCAGAGAUGACAGUGACAUCACUCUUGGUUCCGGUUCCUGAGGAUUCUCCAAAAGGGACAAUCAUUGCUAUUAUAAGUGUACAUGAUAAAGAUUCAGGAUCAAAUGGAAAAGUUAACUGUCGCAUUUCUGACCAUACACCCUUUAAAAUAAUUCCAUCCUUCAUGGGAGAUUUUUCUUUGACUGUUGAUGCACCAUUAGACCGGGAAAGAAAAUCUGUAUAUGAAAUUGUGAUUUCUGCCACUGAUGAGGGAUUUCCACCAUUUUCAGCAGCAAAAACUGUUAAAAUUGACAUAAGUGACAUCAAUGAUAAUAUCCCUCAGUUUAUCCAGCCUGUUGAUACAAUCUUUAUCAAGGAAAACAACCCACCUGGUUUUCAUGUGUACACUGCAUCUGGAUCUGAUAUGGAUAUUGGCCAGAAUGCCUUCAUCACAUAUACAAUGACUGAGAGCACAGUUGAUGGAGUUCCCAUAUCUUCCUAUAUUUCCGUCAAUCCAGAGAAUGGAAAGGUAUUUGCACUGUUAUCAUUUGACCAUGAACAGGUGGCGUACUUUCAGUGUCACAUAAGAGCUACUGAUGCUGGUCUACCACCGCUUAGCUCUAAUCUUACUCUAAACAUUUUCAUUGAGGACAUAAAUGACAAUGCACCCUUAUUUCUAUCAAAUGAUCUGGAAACCACAAUUAAAACAUCAAAGACUGCACAUCCACGACAUCUGGUUACUAAAGUGAGAGCAUUAGAUCUUGAUUCUGGAUAUAAUGCGUGGAUAUCUUAUAGUUUUAGGGAUUCAACAGUGAGGGCCCCUUUUGUGAUUUCACAGCAAACUGGAGAAAUCAGUUUAAAACGUGCAUUAACAGAUUCAGAUAAUGAUGAAUAUAGGUUGGUACUUUUAGCUCAAGACCACGGAGAACCAAUCAUGACUGCGCAAACACAGAUCACAAUCUCUUUUGUGGAAUCAGGAGAAGAAAUAAAGUUGGAUCCUCAAGAAUCAAAUGGAUAUAAUGUUGAAUUUUCUGAAGCAAAUGUAUACUUGGUGAUUGCUAUCUGCAUAAUAUCAAGCAUAUUUCUAAUAACUUUAAUUGCAUUUACUGUUUUACGAUGGCACAAAUAUAGAGAAGAGGUCAAUGACCUGAAAGAGAGUUACAAGGUCUGUUCAAACACAGGUGGUAGUUGGAUGUAUUCUCAGGAAAGUCAGUAUCAAUUUUACUUAAACUCAGUACAACCCAGGAAUGACUUAAUGGUGUUCACACCAAAUAGUUCUCAGAACACAGGGAAUGAGAAUGCAGUUGGUGAGGCAGUUAUAGUAAAUUCUUCCAAGAGUAGUAUUAUUGCAUUUUAUGUCCUGUUCAUUAAAUGUGAGAUGCAGUAUGGAGCCUGUGCAGUGUCCUACUGA